CUUUGGUGUGAAUCCAUAGUUGUGUUAUUGUAUAGAAAAUUUGUGAACUGGAUGUUAAAGUAUUUUGUGGAAGGUUUUUUGACGAGCCAAAACCAUUCAGUUUAUUUUGUCGAGACAUCUGUGCGUCUUCAAGAACUGUUGUGUCUAACAUUGGAAGUUAACUUGCAUUUCGGGUCAAGAUUUUUGACUUUUUAAACAUACUCUGUUUUUACAGUUAUUCUCUUGGCAAACCGUGUUGUUAUUGCUAAGCCUCGCAUUUAAGUCUAUAACUAACUGUUUGACUCACGUAGUUUCUCCUUACAGAAUCAAUCUUGACCGCGUUCCCAUUAGUGCAAUGAACGCUUUUGACCGCAAAUCCAUGAUUGUCGAAUCCUAGUGGUUCUCCUACAGGACUUGAUCCACAGGACUCACCCGGACUCCAGGAUGCCGCUGAGUCCUGUCCAGGAGGAGAUCCCCGGGAUGGACGGGUCGGAAGGGGACGCCGAGUGGGACGACUUUGACCGACUGUUGACGGAAUACAAGCUGAGGAGACGCGCUGUGCCUACGUCCCCGCUGCUGAGUCGCCGGUAUCUGGAGCAGCAGGAACUAUCAGGAUUCUACCCUUGUCCUCCGCCCUCGCAGGCUCCCGUGCUGCUCGACCCCUACGCUGAAUAUGAGCCCAGCGACUCGAUGUAUGGCCGCUAUACCAAAGAGCUAGGGGAGUUUGCAAAAGAAGAAGCACUAAAACUAGAGAAACAGAGGAGAAAAGAAGAGAGGAUACGCAACGAAGAACUGCACAAAUACAGAGGAAAAUGUGCGUCCAAGCUGGCCUCGGCGGUGGGGUUUGUCUGGAAACACACGUUUGCCAAGUUGGGAGAAGACUGGGUGUUCCUGGCGCUGCUGGGUCUCAUCAUGGCAUUCCUCAGCUUCAUCAUGGACCAUGGGAUCAGCAUGUGCAACAAAGGCCGUAUAUGGUUAUACAGAGACCUAGCGUUCCACCCGUUUGCUCGUUACAUGGCCUGGGUGUCGUUGCCCGUUUGUCUAAUUCUCUUCUCAGCCGGGUUCGUGCACAUUGUAGCGCCGCAGUCUAUAGGCUCUGGGAUCCCGGAAAUGAAGACUAUUUUACGUGGAGUCUCCCUCAAAGAGUACCUGACGUUUCGCACUCUGGUGGCAAAAGUGAUCGGUCUCACUGCCACUCUCGGCAGUGGAUUACCAUUGGGUAAAGAGGGUCCGUUUGUACACAUUGCGAGUAUUGCAGCCACAUUGUUGUCGAAGCUAGUCACCUCGUUUCAAGGAAUAUAUGAGAACGAGUCCCGCAACACAGAAAUGUUGGCUGCGGCUUGCGCCGUCGGUGUGGCCAGCUGUUUCGGAGCUCCUAUCGGAGGUGUGCUGUUCAGCAUAGAAGUCACAACCGUUUACUUCGCUGUUAGAAACUACUGGAGGGGAUUCUUCACAGCAGUUUGCGGAGCAACAGUUUUUAGACUUCUAGCUGUAUGGUUUCAGAAAGAAGACACUGUAAAGGCGUUCUUUCAGACCAACUUUACAAUGGACUUCCCCUUUGACCCGCAAGAGCUCGUAGUCUAUUCUUUAAUGGGAGUAGUGUGUGGCCUGGGAGGAGCAGGCUACGUCUGGUCGCACAGACAAUAUGUGCUGUUCAUGAGGAGGAACAAGAAGAUGAACAGUUUCCUGCAGAAAAACCGCUUCCUAUACCCAGGGAUUGUGGCUCUUCUUGCCUCUACCGUAUCUUUCCCCAUGGGACUGGGCCAGUACAUGGCUGGUGAUCUCAACACUCAUGAUCAGGUUGCUGGACUGUUCAGUAACUUCACCUGGACCAAAGGCUACCUUACAGUAGAGGAGGCUGACACUCUUCGCCACUGGACUACAAAAAACACUGACGUUUUCGUCAGCUUAUGUGGCUUUAUGCUUUAUACGUGGUUCUUCUCCAUUGUUUGCUCUACAAUUCCUGUUCCGUCCGGUAGUUUUAUCCCUGUGUUCAAGAUAGGAGCAGCGUUUGGCAGAGUGGUAGGGGAACUCAUUCACCUGUCUUUUCCCCAGGGAGUCCGUCACGGGAAGUUUAGCACUCCCAUUAUCCCAGGAGGAUACGCGACAGUCGGCGCGGCAGCUCUCUCUGGCGCAGUCACUCACACCAUCUCCGUGUCUGUCAUCGUGUUUGAGAUGACAGGGCAGAUCACUCACAUCAUUCCCAUCAUGAUUGCAGUGUUGAUCGCUAAUGCCAUUGCAGCCCUGCUCCAGCCGUCACUCUACGACAGUAUUAUUCUAAUAAAGAAACUCCCCUACCUGCCAGAUCUGUUGCCAUCAAGCUCAGGGAUGUACAAUGUAUUUGUGGAGGAUUUUAUGGUCAGAGAGGUAAAGUUUAUUUGGAAAAACAUGACUUAUCACGAUCUUAAGAAAGUGUUAAAAGAAAACAGAAGGCUUCGAGUGUUUCCACUAGUUGAAAACCCAGAGAACAUGAUACUGCUGGGAUCAAUACAGAGGAUAGAGUUGAUAAAGGUGAUAGAACGACACGUGGGGAGAGAGAGGAGACUGCAGGUCGUAGCUCAGUGGCAGCGAGAGGCUCAAGAGAGAAUGAGAGAAGAAGAGAGGAAACGACGGGAGGAAGCUCAGAGGCAAAGACGACCAUCAAGAUUUGAGGUUAUCCCAGCUCCGGACAUUCUACGAGUGAAGCAGAUGUCAAACCAUGAACUGGACAGUGGCUUACAGUCACACACCCACUUCCCAGUGUUUGGAACGCAGCCAAAGAAAUCGAUCUUGAAAAAAACAAAUUCAUUCAAUUUGAGAAAUUUCAGUCCUGUUUUGACACCAACAGUCACUCCCUACACUACUGUUACUGGGGCUGAGAGCAGGAUUCGGAUGGCGUUUGAGGCCAUCUUCCACAAGUCAGCCACACUACAAGACGUAGAACCUGAUCCUGAAGCAGGGGUGGAGAUUGGGCGAGGAGAACAAAGCUAUAGUCAUCAGAACACUAUAGCCACUCCAGCCAGUCCUGGCCCGUACAAGAAGGUUCAGCUGCCGAAGGAGCGAGUGAUUGACAUGUCGCCGGAGGACCAGAAACAUUGGGAAGAAGAGGAGAUGAAGGAAAGAGUGAGCUUUGACCAAUGUCAUAUCGACCCUGCUCCAUUCCAGCUGGUGGAGAAGACGAGUUUACUCAAAGUUCACUCAAUAUUCUCCCUGGUGGGGGUAAACCAUGCGUACGUCACAACAAUCGGCCGCCUCAUCGGCGUUGUGGCUCUCAAAGAGCUGAGGAAAGCAAUUGAAGAUUCAAACUGUGGUAAUUUACCAGUGUCACAACAGGUCCAAGGCCAGCCACAACUGCAGCCUGCAGCCGAACAUUUACUGAGCAACGAGAACAACAUGUCCGUCAACAGCACUGUGUCGGCCGACAGUAGUUGAGGAUUGCCGACAUUAGAUAUGUUACAUAUCGGGCGCGGUCAAACCGCCGUUGUGAUCAAUACCGUUACUUAGGUUAUAUUUACCCGUUCGAAAAACUAUUGAGGAUAUUAUUUUGAACAAAUCUAAGAUAGGUUUGUAACCUAGGGUUACUAGCUUCCGGUGCUGACGAUUUAGUUGAUAUUGUAGAAUAAGGAUUCGGAUCUGUCCGCGACUCGUGAUUUUGCAAUUGGAAGUGUGUCAAUGUUUCAAUGCUAUGUAUUAGUAUGAAUCUAGUCUAUAGUAGUAUUAUCAAGCUGUUAAAGUUAACGGUUGGUUGUUUGAGAGAAAUUCUACUUUCAUUCACAUAGGCUGUCAGAAACUAUUUGUAACGUUAAGUUGUUAACUGACACAUAUUUUUUAUAAUAACCAUGGACAUAUUUUUUAUAAUUUAUUUUCAUAUGAUAAAUGAAAAUGUAAUUAGUCAGAUGUAAUCUUUGUUGUAGUUGGUCAGAUAUAAAUUUCUGUUAGUAAUUGAAUAAUCUUCCAAGUUCAUUAUUAGUUUACAAAACUAAUAAAAUUCAUCCAGUGAUAUCAUUGAAUGGUAACAUUUUAACAGCAUCUGCCUAGUUUUAACGUUUCUAGUGAAGCUGAAAUAUACAAUAUAUAUUUCUUACUUCGAUUACAAUUUAGUAUGGAUCUUUAGUAGUAGGCCUACUAUUUUAUGUGAUAUUUACAGUUAAACAUUAUUGAAACCUCACCACUGCUUUGUAAACUCAAUAUUUAUGUUUCUUAAAUAUAAUCUUUUUUGGGCACUCUUUCUACAACUUUUGUUCAAACCAUAAGUUUCUCGCGUCUUUUUGUUAAAAUCCGAAACAUCCUGUUUUAAACAUGUAUGUUUAGAUAUAGAAAUAUAUGAAAUGACACAGAUAAUAGAGAAUUAUGUUUAUACAAAAAGUUAUUGUAAAACUUAGAAUAGGCUAGAUCCAAAUUGUUAUAUUUUUCUAGAUCCCCUUGAUAACUGAAAUAAUUUGUGAAAAUAAUUGUUAAGGAUAGUUUUUUAACAGUUCCUGGUAUGGAUUGCCUUGAUAUAGAGAUUGUGGUGCUAAUUGCAAAUAGAAAGUAGAAAAAAAAACAUUAAAGAUUGACAAGUAAAUCUUAUUUAUUUAUCAAAUAGCAAGUCCGAAGGCCUUUAUUACGUUAUUACGUCAACUAGAAUACUCAGAGGUAAUCGAUUACCUACAUUCAAUGUUUACCUGGUAGUAUUUUAUAAGGGAGAAGACAUUAUUUUAAAAGCAUAAUUAUUAAACUCAUCGUUUGAAAAUUUUGUGUGGUUUUCAUUAUCAGCUGCCACAGUAAAUUAAAAGCUCAAUUGUAAUAGGACAGAGCUCCCAGAAUAAACUGAAAAAAUACCACUAAAGUAGUGAUUAUUUCUUAUAAUAGAUCUAACAUACCAUGGAUGGUUCUAAAAUGAUUGUUUGUGAUGGAUUCUAGUAUCAAUAACCAAAGAAAGUCUUUAUAUGUUUAGAUUUUAAUAAUGGACUUUACAAAAUAAAGUACAAACACUUAGUUGAAAAGAUUAUAGGAACGGAAUAUUUAAAUGAGCCUGUCCUUUGAGGUUUAUGUGAAUAACGUGAUGGUAUGUGGACUAUGGGAACCAACCUAGCUUAUUUCACUUGGCAUAUUUUUAAGUGAUCUUGAAUGUGAUAUGUAUUAGUACAGAAACUUUAUCAUGUUACUAGUUUUGUUUAUAGAAAUUCUUAUGUAAAUAAAUUAUGUACAUAAUGUU